UACCCUUGAACGUACCACCCCAGACAGGAGGGGUGCCACCCCAGUGAUGCCUUCAGACCUUUUUUCUGUGGCUGUGUGUCUUAUUUCUGUUUUUUUGUACUUCAACUGAUAGAAAAUCGACUCAGACAAAGGAGCGCUUCAAGUACUUAUCGUGCUAUUAAUCUAAUAAUAUUAACCUGAGGAAUAUAAUGGAAUACAACCCGUUUUUGUUUAUUGAUCGUCUGUUCUUGAUAGGCUAUCACUGCCGGUCAUAAUGUGCAUAAAACAAAUGAAAGUCUUGUAAAUGUGGUGCCUGUUUGCCUCCUGCCCCUAUGUUUUUCCAAUGUUGCCCCCCUGCUCUGGAUUCGGCAAGCAUCUGUAGGAGCAACCAGAAGAUCAACCGCGUGCUGUUUGAAUCCCCCAAUCAGGCAGGCGUUGACAGGAGCAGACCAAUGCAGUGAUAGAGGGAUGUGAGGGCCUCGUGUUUUCAGUAUAAUGUACACCGCCCUCCCAUUCCCAUCCCCACCCCUCCGUCAGCUGUCAAUUCUGCUCCACCGCGAUCAAUCAGCUAUUUGUCAGAGGCUGUCAAUCCUCCUGUUGAUUUAUGUCAGCUCUCGUAGCUGAUUACAGGCCGCGGGUGACUGAGGAAAGGGCACCCGGGGAAGAGGCACCUUGGUAUAGAGGCACUUCAUAUGAGGGCCGCUGUGCUGCUUUAUUCUCUCGGGAAAGUGCUGAUGUAGGACGGCCACAUGUGGAAACCUGUACUGGGAAGGUGUCCUACAUUGGACAAGACUGUGAGGCCAUUCCAGAGUUCCUUGCAGUAAAAUAUGGGAGCAUUGCAAGGCGACUAGAUCUCAGCUUCAACCGACUGAGGUCACUGACAGGCCUGAAAGCAUUCACCCAACUGGAAGAGCUGAUUGUGGACAACAAUCUUCUCGGAAAUGACCUCCGGUUGCCCAGGUUACCGCAGCUCCAUACUCUAACACUCAAUAAGAACCAACUCACCGACAUCGAAGACCUUCUAGAGCAUUUGCAGGAAGUGACGCCAGCACUGGAGUAUCUGAGCCUGCUGGGAAACGAGGCCUGUCCCAACCAGCUGGUCAGCCUGGAUAAAGAUGAGGAUGACUACCAGAGAUACAGGUACUUUGUACUGCAUAAGCUGAAGAAUCUGAAGUUUCUGGACAGCAGGAGAGUGACCCAGAGGGAGCAACAGGAGGCAGAGGCCCGCGGAGAGUUCAUGAAGGUGGUCAAGCCCAAAACUGAGCAGGAUCCCAGUGAUGUCAGAGCAGAAGUCACCUCACCACCUUACACUCCUCUACCAAAAGGAUCCAGAGAUGCCAAAAACCACAAAGGGGUGUUUGCCAAGUGCCGCUAUGUCUACUAUGGCAAGCAUUCAGAGGGCAAUCGCUUUAUCCGCAAUGACCAACUCUGACAGACAGAGAGACAGACAGACAGUUGGAUGGACAGGCUGGUGGACGAGCAUGCAAGGGGGGCAUUAUAAAGAUAUCCUCCUGCGUGUCUUUAUAAAUAUACAUAUUGCCGCAUGCAUUUUAAGCAGCCAAACACAGCCCUGUAGUGCAUUCUGCUGAGUGUGCCAUCGCUGCCAUCUCACAUCGUUCUCUCUCUGGCUGAGCACUGCCAUUCACACUGACAUGAUUGCCUUUAAGCAGCUCUACCCCUCUGCACUCACACACACACACUUACAUACGCUUACACACACCACACGCAUACACACACACCAAGCCAAGCGCCUGUGCUGACAGCCGAUGUUCCAUGAUGGAUUGCCUCAUCCAGCCGCUGUUCUCCUCAGGUCAAAGGUCACACCUGAGGCUGCAGCGGGCCCACAUGGACACACAGGAUGAGCCGCCCUCAAAGUCAAAGCUAAAGUUAAACACACAGAGAGACACUAUUCAUUCCAUCUGUUCAUUCUCACUUUGUGUUCAGAAAGCAAGUGGACAAAUAACAGAGUUAAGUAUGAACUGUCACUGACGAACCUCGCAUCUCCAAAAAACUUCACAGGAGAAAGAAGUGUUCUUCAGUUUAAUGUAUGUUUUAUUCCAAGUAGUUUUGGACCUUUUGUGUGUCAUUGUACUCCUCAUGAUACAUUCAGUGUAAGUCAAUGUAAAGGGCAGCUGGUGUUUUUUUAACAGUAUAAAGAAAAUAAAACUGAACAAAAUGCAGUUGCGAGGUUUUGAUACGACAGUGACAGUAUAUAUAUAAUUUUUUUUUUUUUUUUUUUGUAAUUUUAGUCAACUUUUCACUCAGGAAACAUUGUGUGAGAAUGUUUUGAACUGCUUUUUGUCACUUAAUGAUAAUCACUAUUGAGAUUAUAGUAAUAUUGUUUAGAAUAAUUAUUCAAAUAAUUUGCUCUUAGAAAGUUGAACUUUUUCUGAUAGAAAGCACUUGAUGAACAUGUUGAGCAGUGUAUUUGCUCAAAGUAUUUUUUACUUUUUUUUUUUAAAUUGACGAGUGAGGGGCAUUUUGCAGGCUCCUUGUACUGAGGCCUCUUGUAUGCUUCUGUGUAUGUGUGGUGAUGUUAAGCAUGUGUGUGUGUUUGUGUGUUGCGUGAAGCUGGUGUGUUGCGGGGGCAGAUGUUGCUGUGCAGGAGCCUGGAGGAGCAGGGAAAGUGGGAGGUAAUGAGCUUUGCUCUCAUUGCUUGGGUGUAGGAGAGGAGAGAGAGAGAGAGAGACAGAGAGAGAGAGAGAGACAGAGAGAGAGAGACAGAGAGAGAGAGAGCAGGACUGCAGGGAGGGGGAAGAGAAGUCAACAACUUUCUCCAAUCCACUUCUGAUUGCCUCCUCAUGUGGGUUUUGGACCUAUUCACACCAUUUUAAUGACUUGCUCUCUAACUUUUGCUCAUGGAAAAUAAAAAAGUCUAUAACAGCUUGUGCUGUGUUUCAGAAGUGAUGGCCAAAACAUUUGGUGGAAGGUUUCACACAUCAAGUACAUUAGAUACAGUAUGCUUGAGAAAUGUUUUAUAUUCAAUAUUUUCUUCAUGUUUUACUUUGAAUGCUUCAUUGUUUUUCUUUUUGAAUGUUGUAUUUUCGAUUUUAAACGAUGAACUCUGCACCAAAGCAAGACGUAAUGGUAAAUUUCACCAGGGUAACCAAAGAUCUAAGCAUGCUAAAUGUAUUAAGUUGCCUUAAUGUACACUAAAUUAUACUUAGUCAUGUCAAUGAUUUAUCCACUAAACACACUUUUGUUCUGUUCUAAUUUAGGAGAGGUGUAGUCUUAGGUUUUUUUCUACAGAGAUGUGCAUUUCUAAGCAUUUUAGAUUGCAGUCAAAGAUAAUCUAUUCAUUAACAUUAUUGAGCAGAGCAUUCAUUAUUCAAAUUAAAUUACAUUAUCCAAAAAAACAGUAUUGUAAUUGUUUUAUUGGUAGUAUGUGAAACAGUCUUUAUAUAGUUGAUUUACAUAA